GGCAGGAUGCACGAGGAGGCGCUGAUAAAGGGAUCCAGCUAGUGAGAAACGGCAGCGAAACGUAACAUGUGAGAAAUGAACGCCAUUUAUGCAUGGGAUGUAUUAAUGGAAGUGUCGCCGCUGUUCAGGGAACGACUCAAUGUAGACGCGAGGAAACAUUAGCCGCUCAACCUCUCAAGUACACUUCAGACAAUUGUCAACGGUCUUUCUGUCCAAGUUAUUGUCUUCUCCCCGUCUGAUGUGGACUGAUUCAGAACUGGGCCAUCAUGAUCCCAGUGAACCUUCUGGUCACUCUUUGGCAGAUCAGCUUAAUACCAGCAGCAUCAUGUCAGUGAACCCUCCCAGCAGUAAUGACGCUUGCCUCAGCAUCGUCCACAGCCUCAUGUGCCAUCGACAGGGCGGCGAGAACGAGGGCUUCGCUAAGCGGGCCAUUGAGAGCCUAGUCAAGAAACUGAAGGAAAAGAAGGACGAGUUGGACUCGCUCAUCACUGCCAUCACCACCAACGGCGUCCACCCCAGCAAGUGUGUCACCAUCCAAAGAACGCUGGAUGGACGUUUGCAGGUGGCAGGGAGGAAAGGUUUUCCCCAUGUGAUUUAUGCACGACUGUGGCGCUGGCCUGACCUUCACAAAAAUGAACUGAAGCACGUCAAGUUCUGCCAGUACGCCUUCGACCUCAAGUAUGACAACGUGUGUGUAAAUCCCUACCAUUAUGAGAGGGUGGUGUCUCCAGGCAUUGUUGGUCUUAGUCUUCACAACACAGCGCCACCAAGUGGGCUUAUCAAAGAAGAAUACAUCCAUGACUGUAUUCAAAUGGACCUCCCACCUGGCAUGCCAUUGUCUGACCACCAAGCAACGCUGAAGAUGCCCCCUCCAGACCCCUUUGGCCAACCCCUGCCUCCUCCACAUUUGUCCUCUGAGCCCCAUGGACCCCCACCAGUCACCAGAUACACGCAGCUGCCUGUCUCACCCAAAGUGUCAGGUUCUGGCUCCAUGCUGCCUCUACAGGGCAGUCAUGUUGAUGGCCGCCCUCAGACAGCAUCGCCACAGAUUCCAGUCAUGUCUCAAGCACCACCUCGUUCCCCGACUCCCAACCAACCUCUUCCUCAGCAACAAGGUCCUCAAGCCCAGCAGAGUCCACACCCACAGCAAUCCUCUCUACCUCCUCCUCAUGGACAGAACGGAUACAGCAACAAUAAACACUCACAGAGCCCGGCUGCCUUCCACACAGUGUGGACAGGCAGCAGCACAGCCGCCUACACUCCAAUUGGACCCCUGCAGAAUGGUCGUGGUCAUCAGCAAACUCCCCUUCACCAUCCAAACCAACAUUGGUCUCAGCAUCACGGCUCAACCUCUUUCCCACCGUCUGUAUCCAAUCAUCCAGGACCAGAGUUUUGGUGUUCCAUCUCCUACUUUGAAAUGGACGUUCAGGUGGGUGAGAUGUUCAAGGUGCCGUCCAGCUGCCCUGUUGUGACGGUGGAUGGUUAUGUGGAUCCAUCGGGAGGCGACCGCUUCUGCCUCGGCCAGCUGAGUAACGUUCAUCGCACAGAUGCCAGUGAGAGAGCCCGGUUACACAUCGGUAAAGGGGUGCAGCUGGAGUGUCGUGGCGAAGGCGAUGUGUGGAUGCGGUGUAUGAGUGACCACGCUGUGUUCGUACAGAGCUACUAUCUUGACAGAGAAGCAGGCCGGGCACCAGGUGAUGCCGUGCACAAGAUCUAUCCUGGAGCCUACAUCAAGGUGUUUGACCUGCGGCAGUGCCACAGACAGAUGCAGCAGCAGGCAGCGACUGCGCAGGCGGCUGCCGCUGCUCAGGCAGCUGCAGUGGCAGGAAAUAUACCUGGACCAGGCAGCGUGGGAGGCAUUGCGCCUGCAGUCAGUCUGUCUGCAGCGGCGGGGAUCGGCGUGGAUGACCUCCGGCGACUAUGUAUCUUGCGGUUGAGCUUCGUCAAGGGUUGGGGUCCUGAUUACCCGAGGCAGAGCAUCAAACACACCCCCUGCUGGGUGGAGGUCCACCUGCACCGUGCUUUGCAGCUUCUUGAUGAGGUGUUGCAUACUAUGCCAUUAGCAGAUCCAGGGCCUGCUAACUGACUACCUGUAUGCUGAAAUUUGGAUCUGGAUUCUUUGAAUGUGCGCGCACACACGCACACACAUACACACUUUUGAUAGUUUUGCCCUCUAUUAAAUAUCCUCCCUAAUUGAAUAUCCAGUGAAAAGACCCAAGACAAACUAAAAUGACAAACACUUGAUGCUUGGAACAAUCAAUUUAGCCUGCGCUAUCUCACACACACAUUCUUAUGAGCAAUAAGUAAGUAAUCAAAAGAUAUAUCUAAAGAUAUAUUCACGAUCGUCCAUCAACGUUAGCAUUACGUUGAGUCAUGUCCCAACAAACCAAAAAGUUUCAUCUGUACAAAAGUUAUGUUCUACCAUUUCUUUUUUUAUAUUUUAUAUUGUUUAAAUAAUUGCAUAAAUUACAUUUUUAUAGAAGGUUACUGCAUUUAACCCAUAAGAACCCACAGUCAUUGGUGCUAAAAAAAUGACACAAAGCCAAGUGGAUUUAAAUACUUAUUAAUAAUUCAUAUCACAAAUUUUACAUGUUUUUUAUUGGCUAACAACAUUCUAAAAGUAUAAUUUCUUAUAUUUUUGUUAAUAGUAUUAUUAAAAUUAUCAAUACAAAUGUUAUUCAAGAGAUAUGUAUAACAUUUAAUUCAACAAGAAAAGAAAAAAGUUUUGUUUUUUUAAAUGUAAUGUAAUGCAACAAAAACAAUUAUAAAGCUAACACUAAUUACAUGAACGAUUGUAACGCUUUGUUGACACAACGUUGACAAUCUAUCCAACCAUCCAUUUUCUACCGCUUGUCCUUCUCAGGGCCGUGGGGAGGGGCUGCUGGAGCCUAUCCCAGCUGCACUCGGAAUGCAGGGUACACCCUGGACAAGUAUGAGCAUAUCAAAUAAACAUCAAAAACAUCACAAUAGCCUCAAAUCCUUCCAUUUUUCAUGAAGCGACCCUCGGUGGAAAUUUUUUAGACACGCCCUCCUGAUUUCAAACUAACUAAAUAUGUGCUAGUAGAGGUGUUCCAAGCCCAUAUCAAUAUGGCGAAAAACAAGUUUGGAGUCAUAUCUAGACUGUCUGAUAUAAUCUCCAAUACGUGCAGUCGUGCAGCACGUCUACUUAACAUCUAAAUGUCCUCCAAUAAGCACUUUAGUCAAGUCAUUAGCAAAGGGUAAACAUGAUAGGCUGUAGGGUACUAGGAGGUAGCGGCUACACAACAGCUAAGCACACAACCUACACAUAAGGAAUAAGUGUCGAACAAUACUGCAGUGUAAAACAUUACAUGCAAGUAUCAAAUAACAAUAGUUGCAUAUUACUUACAGAUACAAAGUCUCCUAGACAGAAGUGUAUUAGAAAGUAUCCAGUAACAAACAUGUCUGCAUCAUUUAACUUACUGCGUCAUUAGCUUUACUUAAUAAAUGAUUGUGGCCACUAAGUGUUCGCUCAAAAACAAUUACCAGUUAAAUUCUCAGGGCAUUCAAUCGAUCGCAACUGAACAGUUCAGUUUGUCUUACAAGAAGUUUCGCCUCUUUAUCGAUUAGGCUUUACCAGUUCAUCAACUUGGUGCCAAGAUCCAAAAAGUGUUGACCUUUGCCACCAACAAGUCUCUACAGUUGAUCUGAUCACAGCGAAGGAAUAACUAUGAGGAAAAAUAACCAGCAGAACACAAUCCCAAGGGGAACAAAUUAGGUUUUGAAGUGGCGGCAGCUCUCCAAUGCCAAUCAGUAUCAGUAUCGGCCGAUACUCAAGGCUCCAAUAUUGGGUGUUGUAUCGGAAGUGGAAAAGUUGUAUCGGGACUUUUGUACUACUAAUAGCCUGAUUAGUAGUACAAAAAUACUUUUGAACAUACAUUAUGUUCAUUAAAAAUGUGUGACAUGUAUUAAGCGUCUUAUUGGUAUUUUGCUAUUGUUGCAAAUACAUCACCUAGCAGUUUUAAGGCUAAAAGACUGACAGUGUAUAUAUCUUGUUUUCUAUUAAUUCAUUGAAGAAUUACUGUAAAAACAGUUUAAUUGUAAUAUUUUAAUUAGAACACCUUAUUAAAUAAUUGUUAUUGUUAAAAUGACUGUGGGUUCUUAUGGAUUAAAUGUGCUACACACAACCAACACAAUCAUAUUUACUAUAACAUCCAACAUGAAAUAACAGAUAUUUAUGUAUUUUCGAGAAGACAUUUCUCCCAUACAUCUGCGCUAUUGUGACAGAUAGAAAUACGUGUUUCCCUGUUGCACUUUUACUGUAAUUGGGUGAUAAGAAAAGGAAAUAUGUUCGGUUCUAAGGAGUGCAAAUCACAACUGUGUACAUCGACACAAGGCAGUGUGUUAUUUUUCUGUAAGUGUAGUGUGGACACAAGUGGUGUGUAAAUGUGGAUCACUUCUGUGCUCGUACCGUGCUUGUCUGUCGACUCAAACUUUAUCCUUUUAGCCUUCGUAGUACUCUCAGCUGAAGUACAUAUAUAAAUAUAUAUACGGUAUAUCUAUUUUUUUGAUAACAAAAAACUGAAAAGCCAAAAACAUGUAGCUUUAAAAUGUUGUGGGCCUUUGUUAUGAACAGUGCUACCCUGUAACCAAAUGUUUGGUGUCUAUCACCAAAAGCUAGAAUACCUCAUAACUACACAACAUACACUUUUCAUCAGGAGGCAAAAUUCAGCAUGGCUCAAGAAAGCAAAGAGAAAGUUUCACCAAAAAAGUCCAACACAGUUUGUACGGUUGUUGUAUUUGACAAUACCGGAGGUUUUUUGGCAGUGUAGGUCUAUCACAGACUUCUGGCGAUGUUUGGCAACCACCAACUGAGUGCCUUUCUCAUCUUAACACUUCUUUCAAGCUCGCUACGACUCUGGUAUGUUUCCUCCAAUAGAGAACAAUAGAAGAGUUUGACAUCAUUGUUUGGACUUCCUACCGUGUCUUCUAAUAGUGCUUUCUACUAAUGGGUGUCCUAAUCCGAUAUUAGUAUCGGUCCGAUACCAGUAUUAUCGGCCUGAAUUUCAAACUUCCGAUGUUAGAACUCCGAUUCAAGCAGAAUGUUCUGCUCCGGCGAACAAAUCUUUUUGCUAGCUUAGCAGAGCGAUAACAGGUUGUCUCCUUUUAAGAGUCUUUACUUUAAGACACCGUGAAACUAAACAUACAGAAAUUAAGUACAUCAAUAUAUUGUACUUUCCAGACUAUGGAGUGCAACAUUAUUCAAUUUUAUAUAUGGUAUUUUAUACCAAAUGUAAGAAGAAUUUUUUUUUUUUUAUUAGCCGCACCAGACCAUAGGCCACAAAUAUAUACCGGAACGAAAGAUUUUGUAAAUUACUUCCACAACUCCAUGGUGACAUGUUGGUGAAUUUACAAAACUGAAACAAUACAAAAAGAAUGCCAUUGUAAGUUAAUAUUGCUAACACAGACAUUUGUAAACAUGCAUAUUUGCUAAUGCUAACGAUUGCUAGAUUGAUUAUAUUACGAUAGCACGUACCAAUAGACAUCACACAUCGGACAGUUUAGUAAGUAUGAAUUGUUUAGCUGUAUCGUAAAACUUGCAAACGUUGCUUAGAGUAAUGAGUAAAGAAUUAUUUCCAGCAGAAACACUUUAGACAAAUAGACCAAACAAGAUAUACUUCCAGUUUAAGGCACGAAACUGGAAGUACGUAUUCAAACCGCAGCACCCGCAGUGAGAAAACAUAUCGAAAAGAUGGCGUCAUAGCACAAAAAAAUCCCUCCAUUUUUAGUGUCUUUGUCAAUGUUGAAAACUAUUUGUAGAAUACAAAACAUUAUGGCCGUUAGCAAAGAGAAAUCCAUAAAUUAGCCACACUGUUUUGUAAGCCACAGGGCUCAAAGGGUAGGAGAAAAGUAGCGGAUCAUAGUCCGAAGAAAUACGGUAACUUACAUGCCAUACAAAAUAACUUCUCUGUGACAUUCCACAAGAAAAUAAAUGAUUUAAAACAAAUGCGCUAGCUCAAUGCCAUAUACAUGCUACUAAUUAGCAUUGGCAAUUUGGCAUUUGGCAAUCAGAACUACAACUAAGAUGCAUGUUACAAUCAAACAGCUGGUGUGUAUUAAGUACAUUACUUACAAUAUAAACACUUUGUACUACUCAACAAAAUAUAAGACUAUGCCAAUGGCAAAGACUACUUCCUGACUACAGCAACACACCUAGGACAAACUGAAAUUAAAUCAUACUUGCAAAUGAGACUCAGAAGUGUAAGAAAAUGAAAUAUAACAAUAAAAUAGUGUACAAUCCAUUCAAGAUUUCGCUUAAGCAAUUCUACAUAUCACUUAGUCAAGCCAUUUCUAACAAUCUACACAACAAAAUAAGUAGAACGUAAGUAAUGCUAAUAUUGUAUCGGAUCGACAUCUGCCAAUACAUAGGGCUACAAUAUCGGUAUUGUAUCGCAAGUGGAAAAUGUGUCGGGACACUUCUACUUUCUACUAUGAAAGUGUAUGAAAUGUUACUGUGAAGGAGCUUACGCCCGUCCAACUACACCCCCAACACACGCCAUAUAUAUAUAUAUAUAUAUAUAUAUAUAUAUAUAUAUAUAUAUAUAUAUAUAUAUAUAUAUAUAUAUAUACUGUAUAUAGCUUACAAAGCAGGAAAUUUACAAGCCCCAUUUUUCUUCUGAAUUGGUUUUAAAAUAACAUUUUGCUCUGGUUUUCAAAUACCGUCUUCGUUAUUGUACGGCCAAACAUUGCACGUAACAAACUAGUCCGUUAACGCCGUAACACUUUGUGGAAUUGAGUGUUCAAAAAAAAAAAAAUCCCACGUGUUGGUGACUCAAGCUCCGUACUUUUUUAUUGAGUACGACUGCAAAAUAAUCCACCAUCGGGCCCCAAAAAGUUGCGAGUGUCAGCACUUUGGUAAAGAAGGUGAGACACACUAUUGAAUUUAGGCAAAGUACCUUCAAUACAGGUCAAAGUAAUGUUAAAUGUUCAUUUAUUGUCAUAUGUAUUUUACAUUUCCUCCAUGCACAACUAUAAUUAUUCUUCAUAAGAUAUGUUUUGUGUUCAUAUUAUUGGGGGUCUGGCAGGUAUUAAUUGGAUUGACACUAUUUAUUAUGGGAAAAAUCCCUUCAGUGUUAAUAAGAUUCAGUUUUGGAAUGUAUUACUAAUGAAAACUGAGGUAGCACUGUACUUAAUAACAUUUUCAUGAAGUUAUUUUUACAAAAGGCAGAGUCUCAAUGAAAAAUGAGCUGUUCUGCCCGGGUUGCACUUUGGACAGCGCUGAUGUGGCGUAUUUAGCUGAAAGGUGGCGCAGCCUGCAAGAGAAAGUGAUGAAAUAAGUUUUUUUCGUGACCACAGCAGACGUCUGCUACGGAAAACAAAAUAUUUGACAAGCAGAGCCAACAUGAGGCACACGUUCAGAAGCAAAGUUACGCCUCCUUCAACACGAGCAGAACAAAACCAUUUGGAAUAAACAACUUGACAUAUUUAUCACCGUAUAACAUACACAUAUUUUCAAGGCUGCUUGAUUAAUCGUGAAAAUAAUAUGAACGGGUCAAAUAAUAGUAAUAAUAAACAUAUUUUCUAUUACUGCACAUUUCCACUCGGACGGAGGAAACUCACCAGAGUUGUGAACUAAAGCUAACAUCUUGGAGGUUCGGGCUGUGGCACACUUUUGACUUCCCUUUAUUUUUACCUUAAAAACGGUUCUCCCCCAGUCUAACCUCACACAUGUGUGACUCUACAGUAAGAAGGGGACUCAUAUGGCCCCAUUCGUCGUGGUUUACUGGACACAUGAAACGUGACAAAUUGGGGGGUGCACUAUCCACGUUAGCCGCCAGACGGCAGUAGAGUGUUGACUAUCUUAAAAUGUGUUUUGUGGCAUUUCCAACUUUGACCCCAGCAACAGAUGCUAUGUAGAGUGGGGCUUUCAAUCAUUUUCAGCAGACUGCCUUGCAAAAUGACAAACACACGACAUCCACCCAGGAAUGGGGCCAUAAGAAUCCCUUCCCUGCUGCGUAUUUUGCCAUAACUGAGCUUAAGAGCACCGGGAAAACUCAAAUCUGAGGAGGAAAAAUGUGGUUUCUUAUUGUGAACAUCUCUAACAUGUUAAAAUAAAAAUUGUAGUUCACACGAUCAUUCACCGUCACAUGACAACUUAUUAUGUACACAACAAAUAAUGUGUCUCAUAUGUCUUUUCGCACCUCUUCAGCAACCAAAUGGCCUGUAAUGCUGUGAUUGGUUAAAGUGCAGGCAGUGUUCUGUUUCAUUGGCUGCAGAUACUUUCGCUUUGCACCAAACCAAAAAUAGAAAAAUGUGACGACAUAAAGCAAAAUUAUGGCAAUCAUGUCAAGUUUUAUGGACCGAUUAUCCCCAUUCUGCAGUUUGAAGUCUGCAAAGCCUAAAAGUCACACGUUGAUGUUUGAAUAUGAAGGCCACAGAUGUUAACGUGCCACACGGGAUACAUUGUUACUCGGGCCUAAUGCCGAGUGGAGGAGUUUGAUGUUAUUGAGAAUUCAGCUGCUUUUCAAAGAUGAGCCCACUAACACAUAUGCAUAUUUGUGAUAUGUGCCUUUUUCUUGUGGAGCGUAGACGCAGCAACACUAGUUUGUAAAAAGAGUUUUGGUUUGUCGUCUUAUUGUCGAGAGUCCUGUUGCACAGUGGUUUGGUCUUCACCCACUUCUGGCGCCAUCUUGUGGUUCCCUCAGGUAUCCGUGUAAGAACUCACCAACUGCUUCAUGGACAUAGAUCUAUUUGUAUUCCAGUAGUAUAAUUUAUUGCCUUUUGUGACUUUGUGACGCAAACUCAUCAUUUCUGGGUCACGACCGCGUCGUUUUGUUGUUUCCAGGAAUUGUGUAUAUUUUCACCGUGUAUUUGUGGAACACUGUGGAUGUGACCUUGCAGUUUGCAACAACUGAGAGCAAGCUUUGACAUCAUUGUGUAACUAAUGCUGUAAAAUUGUUGGCAAGGAUUUUUAUAUGUUCGCUCCAUAAUUAAAGGGAAACAGACCAAU